AUGCCUCAUCGAAGCACCGCGACCAAGACCGUACCUCCCAGUACUACCAACGUCUUGUCCGUCACAGGUACCAACGACUAUGUGGACCUUGACGAGGUCUGUGCGACGAUCCGGGCCUUCCUUGCAAGGUGCCAGGUCCCAUAUCCCAAAGUAGACUACGACCAAGAAUUCGAUCGCCUCACCCGUGAAGAUCUCGUCCGCCGCCGAUGCCCCUUAUCUGGCUCGCACAGCGUCGCGCCCUACGUUGAGGCAUCCGUGUGGAUAGCCAGCAAGGCGUAUGGGCACAUUCCGCUCGAGACGCAGAUCUUCGUCUGUGUGUACACCGUGUUGCUGAUCUACCUCGACGACACCUACUCGGACGAUACGGCCGGACUUGAUGAUUUCAACACGCGCUUCGUUCUGGGUCAAGAACAACGCGAUCCCACCCUCCGUUGCGUGGACGAGUUCAUUCGCGAGAUACCGCAGCGCUAUCCGCCGGUUACUGCGAAUAUCAUAGUCACCUCCACUUUAAAUCUGAUGACUGCGCUGCUACUUGAAAACAGAACCAAGGGCAUGCCACUUCGCGCCGGCGCCGUUCGGUAUCCGUAUUUUGCACGAGUUAUGUCAGGCGCAUCGGAGGCUUACGCCCUCUUCGUAUUCCCCUCGGACAUGCUGGUCACCAACUUUGUCCAGGCAAUUCCCGAAAUCAUGGUAUAUCUCAAUUGCGGAAACGAUGUCUUCUCCUUCUUCAAGGAGGCGCUGGCCGGAGAGACAGUUAACCACGUUUCUGUCGCGGCCAGGCUCCAUCGCAUCUCGAAGAACGAGUCACUUCGCAGGAUCGCGGACGAGACAGCCAUAUCGCAUGAGCGGUCGCAACAGAUAUUGGCGCCCUUUCCUCCAGCACUGGAGGCCUAUAUGGCCUUCAGCCACGGAUAUGUGGCGUUCCAUGCGGGAUCGGAGCGCUACCGCUUGAGCGAGGCCGGUUUGUGA